UAAAAACACUCUCGAUGGAAACUAUCGCAGAAAGAUGCAAGAUCUUGUCUCCAUGCACCAUCUGGCUUACAGGCCUUAGUGGAGCAGGUAAGACAACCAUAGCAGAAGCUUUGAAGAAAAGAAUCGACGAAAUGACUGGAAGCACUAACGGCACAUUCGUCCUUGACGGAGAUGUUGUUAGACAAGGUUUAAACAAGGAUUUGGGAUUUUCAGCAGAAGAUAGAACAGAGAAUAUUAGAAGAAUCUGUGAGGUGUCUAAACUCUUCGCCCUUAGUGGAAAGAUAUGCAUUUCCUCAUUCAUUUCCCCAUAUGAGAAGGAUAGAGCAUUUGGAAAAGAAAUCCACGAAAAAGAAGGUCUUAAUUUCUUUGAGGGAUACAUAUCUGCUUCCUUAGAAGUUUGUGAGGGAAGAGAUAUUAAAGGUCUCUACAAGAAAGCUAGGGAGGGAAUCAUCCCCAACUUCACUGGAGUGAGUGAUCCUUACGAAGUUCCUGAGAACCCAGAUAUUAACAUCCCAACAGGAGACAAGACUAUUCAGGAAUGUGUCCAGCAGGUUAUCGAAUUUUUGGCCAACAAGGGUGUGCUCAGUGCUAAAUCAGCUUAUGAACUUGAUAUUGAAGAGUUGUAUGAUCUUGAUGACAAACUCGCUGAAGAGGCUGAAGAAUUAGAGUCUAUUAAAAUUGAUGAAGAAAGAAUCCAAUUCUUGCAUGUGCUCGCUGAUGGAUGGGCUGGAAAGCUCAAGAACUUUAUGAACGAGACCCAAUUAUUAGAAUCUCUUCAUUACAACACUGUGACUGCUGACGAUGGAGAGCAGUUCUUACAGAGUGUUCCUAUUACUUGCCAUCUUACAACUGAAGAGAUGGAGAAAUGCCAGGAAAAAGAAAGAAUCGCUUUAAGACAUAAAGAAUCCAACAUGGUCUUAGCUAUAAUCGAAAAGCCAACAUUCUUUGCUAACAGGAAAGAAGAAAUCAGUGCCAGAGUGUUUGGAACUCUUUCAAAGGAACACCCAAAGAUUCAGAGAAUUUUUGAAGAAGGAGACUACUUGGUUUCAGGAGAAAGGCUCAGAGUGUUAUCAAAAAUCACAUAUGAAGAUGGACUUGAUGAGUAUAGACUCAGUCCUACACAGAUUAUGAAGAUCGCACAGGAAAAAGGAGCUGACUGUAUCUAUGGGUUCCAACUUAGAAAUCCUCUCCACAGUGGACAUGUGAUGCUUCUUAACUCUACAAGAGAUAAACUUAUUGAAAGAGGAUAUGCAAACCCACUUCUCCUUCUUCACCCAUGUGGAGGAUGGACUAAAGAUGACGAUGUUCCAUUGAACAUUAGAAUGGAGCAACAUCAAGCUUUAAUCUCAGAUGGAGAACUUUCGGAAUCCCAGACAAUCCUCGCAAUCUGGCCAUCUCCAAUGUUUUAUGCUGGUCCAACAGAAGUUCUUUGGCAUGUUGCAUCUAGGCUAAAUGCUGGAGUAAAUUACUUCAUUGUUGGUAGAGACCCAGCAGGAAUAGGCCAUCCUGAGUUAGAAGGAGAAAAUCUUUAUGAUCCAUUCCACGGACAGAAAGUACUUGACCUUGGAAAGGACAAAUUCCACAGAACUGUUGAGAUCAUGCCGUUCAAAGUCGCUGCUUAUAACAAAGUCGAAAAGAAAAUGGCCUUCUUUGACCCAUCCAAAGCAGCAGACUUCGAAUUCAUUUCAGGGAGCAAGAUGAGAAAGCUUGCCAGAGAUGGAGAGACUCCUCCUGAUGGUUUCAUGAACCCUAAAGGAUGGGAAGUUCUCAGCAACUUCUACAAGAGUCUGUCUGAUUAAUCUACUUCAUUACCCAGCUUAAUUUUUGUAAAAAU